AUGCGGUGGCAAGCAGAACAGGCAGGGGAUGAACUUGUGGCGUUGGAUGCGGCUUGUGCUUGUGCGGAGGAGGUCGCCAGUGAGGAUCGCACACCCCGCAAUUGGGACCAGGUGAAGUCGGCUACGGGCUUCUUGUGGUGUGGACUGGUACGUCUGCCAAUACGGGAGCUGAGUGUGGCUGGUGCCGACCCGAUGGAUACGGUGGUGGGGGACGACGAGCAUGGCAUGGAGUGGGAUGUGAAUGGCUUCGAAGCCGCGGGAGGGUGUGACGAACGUGCGACCAAGGGUUUUUCCAGAGUAGCUGUGGGGAUGCCAUCCCGAUGGGGGCAAAUCGUUGGAGUGUUGCGCGGGUCCAGCCAAAUUUGGAGUGCCGAGAGCUGGGGUGAGGUGAGCCCAGAUACGGAGGUCAUUGGGACGGUGGGGACAGCUAGCGGGGGGUUGGUGCCAUGGAGUGGCGAUGGCGAGGGCGGGUUUGAAGGCCUCAAGGGAUUUCGUGAGGUGGUCGUGGGCGGGCGAGCCACAGUCGUUGGCAAUCCGGAGGAAUUGAACCAUGACUUUGGAUGGCCGUGUGGUAAACGGAGGAUGCUGCAAGCACCGUCUUGGAUGCCCGGGUAUGAGGUGGAGAUGGCGAGUGCGUCGUCGACGAAGACGAGGCUGGAGAUGGUGCGUGUUUGGGUGCCUUGUGGGUGUUGGUUGGCUGUGAGUGAUAUGGACGGGGUCAGUGUCACCUUGUUGUUGUCGUAUGAGGAUAUCCAUGCAGUAGCCAAUGUGCAUGACCGCCAGUAUGGAGCUCUGACGGAGGCCGAAUUCACGGAUGCCACCGUCGAGCCAUCCAAAGGCUGUGUGGGUGUCAAUCUGGCUGGCUCCAAGAAAAUGGGCCAUGAGUUGGCGAGGAAAGGAGGGCACACCGAGUUUGUGCUGUAG